AAAACUAUAAUAAAUAAUGAAAUUUUAAUCUACUAGUCGUAAAGAUAACAUUUGUUAAUGUCGACAGAAAUUUGCUUAAAUAGUGAUAACAAUGAUAAGAAUGAGAAAUUCUUCUUUACAAUUAGAUUCUCACGUCGUUUGUGAAGAUUUGAAAUCGUUAGUAUAAUUUAAAACAAACGUUUCACGAUUGUUAAAGAUUCAUUUUAACAUGGAAUUGAUUGUCGAUAAUCAAGAAAAGAUUACGUUGUCUUGGGAAAAUGUUACUGUUAGUAUUAACGAUCGAAAAGAAACAUUUAUUCGAUCCAUUUGGUCUGAUAUUAUGAAAAGAUCGCGUAUUAAGAAAUUAGAAAUAUUAAAGGAAGGUAGUUAUAUUAAUUUUUUGUUAUAUUGUUCAUUUUUUUCUUUUUUUUUGGAAUUAAACACGUUAAUUAACACAUUGUUUGGUUCAUUUAAUAAUUCAAUUAAUUGUAGUAUCCGGUUAUGGAGAAAGUAAUAACAUGAUUGCUAUAAUGGGACCAAGUGGAGCUGGAAAGACAACUUUGUUAAGUACGAUUGCAAAAAAAAUUCAAUUGACCAGUGGUAGUAUAAAAAUAAAUGGAUCAGACCUUUCUAAUACUACGAUGUCACAAAUUUCAAGUUACAUGGGUCAAUUUAAUCCAAUGUUUGUUGAUCUUACUCCUAAAGAACAUCUUAUGUUUAUGUGUGCAUUAAAAAUGGAUAAAAGCAAAAGGUAUUGCGAAUUUAAUGUUAAAUCUGAUGAACUUUUAUACGAAUUUGGAUUGUACGAACAGAAAAAUAAUUUAAUCUCUAAAUUGUCGGCUGGCGAAAGAAAACGAUUAUUUCUAAUAUCCGAAUUAGUAACAAGACCUAAGAUUAUUUUUUUAGAUGAACCAACAACAGAUCUUGAUAGUAUGACAGCAUUGAACGUUUUACAAACGUUAAAAUUAAUUUCAAUGAAAAAUACUCUGGUAAUUUGUACUAUUCAUCAACCAGGAAUGGCAAUGUAUAAUUUGUUUACCCAUAUCGUUUUAUUAGCCAAUGGUAGAAACAUUUUUUCAGGAAAUAUUGAAAACGUUAAACCAUUUUUCGAAAGUCAAGGAUUUAUAUGCCCAAUUCACAUAGAUCAAGCAGAAUAUCACAUUAGUAUUAUAUCUGAAAAUGAUUCAAUUACGUCGAACGAUGAAAGAUCUUUAAAUUUAUCAAAAGCAUUUUUACAAUCACCGUAUUACGAAUUACCCAACAUCGAUGAAAAUCUUAAAGAAAUACAAACAAAUUUAUGCAAUAAACCAGGAUUAUUGAAACAAUUCGUAUGGUUAAUUUGGAGGAUUUAUAAGAAAAAUCGUAGAACAUUUUUUUCCGACAAUUUAUCAUGGAUAUCAUUUUUGAUGUCUAUGACAAUCGUGAAUAUAUUUUUUAUUGGAAACAAUCCAAAUACGCAAAAAGGAAUGCAAAAUAUUCGAGGAAUUAUAUACAUGAUGACAUCCGAAAUUAUUUUUACAGUAACAUAUUCAGCGAUAUAUGAAUUACCAUCGGACAUGAUUAAUUAUUGUCGUGAAACUUCGAUGUAUGGUCCAGGUGUUUAUUACGUAGCUACUUUUAUCGGAUUGAUACCAAAAUCAAUAAUUAAAUCACUCAUUUUUACAUUGACGAUACUAUUGACCUUGAACAGUAACAUUAAUUGGAAAGAUAUACCACUUUAUUGCAUUUCAACAACGUUAGGUUCAAUCUGUGGUACCGCAUAUGGUAUGAUGAUGUCCAGUUGGACAACUAAUGUUGAUUUAACGACCAUAAUUAUGGUACCAAUUGAUAUAUUAUUUCUAUUAACUGCUGGUAUGUUUUAUAAUUUGAGAAGUUUACCAACUUAUUUAGGAUACUUGAAAUAUUCGUCAAUAUUUUAUUACAUAAAUGAAUGUUUUUCGAUAUUGUAUUGGUCGAAAAUUGAUAAAAUCGAAUGUGAAGUAGAGGAAGGAUUACCAUGUUUAAGAAAUGGAACAGAAGUUUUAUUUGAAUAUGGAUAUGAUAAAUCAAAUUUUAUUAUAGAUUUAUGUGGAAUGAUAUGUUUAACAAUAUUGAUGUCCAUUGCUGGAUAUUUUGGAAUUAAAAAAAACAGGACAACAGGUUCUUUUUGACUUCUGUAACGAAGUACCAAGAAACUGAUGGAAUGACAGAUGAGGAAUAUUAUUAAAAGGCCU